GAUCAAUUGAAAAAGUUGUAUUUCUGCUGAAAACAUACAAACUUCGUUUGAUUUUGUAAGCACUUAAGUAUUUGAUUUCAUUUCGACUCAAAAAUAUUAUAUUCAAAGAAAGAAAUCUUGAAUUUUCUGUUUCUAAGAAUUUUCGACAUGUAAAUACAUAUUCAAUCCAUUUUCUGGAAAAAAAAGUAUUGAACAACUUAUUCCUUAAUUUAAUUUCAAGGAGUAAAUGUUUGUUCCCAAAAACAGUCAUAUAUUCAAACAACAUAUAAUUUAAAAGCCUUAAAUUCUCAAGGACAUAAAUACAUCCGAUAUGUGUACGAGCACGAGUUUAUAAAAUACAUCCAUACAAUUUUAUCAAGAGCUUUCAAAAAAAGUAUCUCAUUUUAUACUUUACAACCAAACAACCCAAAAUGACAAUACAAGUUAAUAUAUGUAUCUACGUAAGCAAGAAUUUUACGAAUUAAAUCAUAAAGUCCUCAAGGAUUUCUGCAUUUCUUUUUUUUUUUGCUUGCAUAUGUGUGUGUUUUUGUUACCUCAGCUCAGACAUAUUAAUUCGUAAAAAUGUCCUUAAGCCAAGAGGCAUGUUUAAUGUUCCAUCAGUUUACGUCAGAGACUUACAUUGGUAUUCAUUUUAUUUUACUUCGAAGUAUCGGGUGCUGUGUUUUAUUAAGCCCUACAGAAAAACACCUCCAAAAACAAAAAGAAAAUGUCUGCUUCAACACUAAAAAAAAUAAAAUUGAUAUCGUUUUCCUUUUAUUAUCUUCGUGUGCGUCUGUGCCUGGUACCACCCGGGCCCGCCCUCCGUCCGCCAGCCACCACAUCCUUCCUGUUGUAGGAGGAAUUCAAUUUCAGACACAUAAGUAGGUAGGAAGUAGGAACCCAUCAUCUCGAAAGUGCUAUCGAGAAUGUAGGGCAAAUCGAAUUCAAAAAAAAUCAUUUAUCCUACCAUAGGGUGGUAGAGGGUAGGUACUUAUAUGUACAUGUAUUUUGAAAUGGUUAUUAUGUGAAGGAAGCAAGUUUUGCACAUAUUCUAUGCGUGUAAAUUGAACUACAUUGUAUACCCUAAGGGUUUUUGCAGAAUUGAACUUAAAUAUCAUUUUGGCAUUCUUUGGCGUUUGACCUGAUGAAAUUUACAUUUUUUAAUUAAAAUCUCCUGAAUUUCAUAUAAAUUUUCAAUACAAAAAAUCUGAAUAAAAGGAUCAUGAAUAUCUAAUACCAGAAAUACAGAAUACCCGCCUUAUAUAACGAGUAUAUAGUGGAAGUAGUUUAUGAAUUUUCAAAACCUAAGAAAUGAAAACAAAGCCGACAAUAUCAGGCCAGGAGAACCAGGCUAAUCAUGAUGGUGGUUUGUAUAGUCAUCAUCAUCGCCUUCCUUGUCCUUUUAUAAAUUAACAAAGGAUCACCUAUUGAGCCAGUACACGAUUCAAUUAUCCGGGUGAAAGAGAAAAGUGCUUAAAUUAGGCAGAAGACAGAGGGAUGAUGAAAUCACUUCUUUCAAAACAUAUUAUUCCUUUUUUUUGCCAUACCCAGAAACGAGAGACAGAUUCUAGCAUCCGUUUUGUUCUGACCCUUUUUUUCAUUUCCAUUUUAGGUUCCUAUAUAAAAUCCAUAGCCUAAAGGCAGGAUUUGAUGGUGCUUAUGGUGUCGGGGCACGUGUACGUUAUUAACAACCACACACAAUACCUUGCUGAUUGAAAUUACUCGUUCAUUCUAACUAACUGCGAUGUGCAAAAGAAAAUUUGAACUUUGGUAUUUUAUUUUCCAUUUUUUUUGUAUUUUGCUUUUUCUAGGUAAACCUUUUUGUUGUCAUUGUACUGUAAGAUGUGCGGUAUGGAAGUGGCUUGGGGAUUUUUUGUGACGUGCGUUAUGUAAAUAAAAACGAAAUAAGGUUUUUGGGAACGUCCUUGGAUGAUGAAUAGGUAUAGGAAAGCAGACUUAUACGUUGUAACUAGUAAUUCGAAGACGACAACGACAAGGACUAAAUAAUACGGAAAUAGGUAUUAGGUGGUGAAUCAGGAUGAUAUUACAUUUUAUUUACUGAUAAAAUAUUGUAAGCACAUGUGCUGCUGAGUUCAAAUAAGAUUAUUUAAUGAUUUAAGUUUUCCUUAUUUGUGUAGGAAUGGAUAAAAGUUGUAAGCACAAAUGUUUUGUUGUUCAUAUUAGUGGAAUUAGACAUUGUGAAAACCUUGGUUCGAAAUUUCAAUAAAAUAUGUGUGCUUACAUACAUGCAGAACAUUUUCUUCGGUAAUAUUGAAAUUUAAACAAAAUAACUUUGAAUAUAUUGUCAGCUUUUCCCAGGUACAAGUGAAUUAGAAAUUUUAAGGAAAUAGAUUCAUAAAUAUGAAAUUUUACUUCUAUAAACUUAAAACCUUCAUAAAAAACUACACAUUUCAGCAGAAACAUUUUUAUUAAGAUGAACCUAUUGUUGCAGUGAUAGCUCAUUAAGUAGUCUAAAACUUCUCACAAUCAGUCUUCACAAGAAAAAAAAGAUAUUAGUAACUAAACAAAAGCCAUUGUUAGCGAGCUCAUUCCAAUUACAAAUUGAGUCUCAGAAACUAACUUGCGCUGAAUGAACAGGAAGUUACAAAAAAAAAAUAACAAAUUGCAAAAGAAAAAAAAAAUAGAGGAAUCUGAAACUUUUCUCCUUACUUCAUAUAUCUUUUUUUUCUUCAUUCACUUCAUUCUCACACUUCGAGCUAUGCCCUAAAUUAAGAAAUUUAUAAAGAAAAGAAACUUCUCCUUUGCCAGGAGUAACAAAAUAUCCGGGUUUUCAAAAAAAAAAGGACUCAAAAUUAAAGAACAUAAAAACUUAAAAAUAGUAAUGAGAACAGCAUUCUCUUAUUUUUAUGUCCUGAAUGAAAAGCUGAGAAGCCCUAAUCCGGAGUGCAAUUACCUCUGGCGCAGAUUUUAUGUUUUCAUUAUUAUUAAUUUUUUUUUCUUCUAGUUAAACUUACAAAAGUGAAAACAAAAGGAACCUCGAAAAGGACGUUCAUCUAUUAUUCACUGAAAAUUAUUUUCACUGUGACAAGAGAAGUAAGAGAGUAACAAAAAAAAUAAGAUUUUUAAUUACACAAACGGAAGCCGAGAAGAAAAGACCAAAUUGCACGAAGAACCAAAAACAAACAAUACCAAAAUGGUGCAUAUUGUUGUAAGCGCUAUUGCAGUCUUAAUUUUCAUUGGGAAUGCCAACAGCUACACCCAUUGGUAUAACGAAUCGAUUUUUAAAUUUGGUAAUGUAAAGAAUUAUUGUGAUAUGCAUUGCGGCAAGGCAAAGCAUAUACUUUGCCAUGUUAAGCCUCAACCAAAAUGUUCUGAUAACUUUUAUCUUUUUAACUUGGACGAGUCAAACCUGAAGAAUGAUGUUUUAUUGGGACUUAAUGGACUUCGGAAUAGAAUUGCUGACAAAAUGCAGGUGGCUAAUAUGAUAAGUCUGUCCUGGGAUGAUGAACUAACUUUUAUGGCGGAAACAUUUUUAGAACAAUGUAAACUAUAUGCAAAAAAUCCCUGUACAAAUUUGGGUGAUUCUAAGGAAAAUGCUGCAGAAAAAGAACCACGUUACUAUCACAUUGCUGAAUCUUAUGCAUUUCGAAAAACAAAUUUUUUUCCGAAUAACUUUUUCCCAUCAAUUUUAAGAGAUUGGUACUACGAAAAGAAUAACAUGAAAGCGCCGGAAAUAUCUAAGUCGAAAUUCAAUGAAUACUAUGGCGUCUUAAAGGGUCAUAAUAAUUUCACUCGAUUGGCUAAUCCAAUCCUGUCAAGAGUUGGAUGUGGUCUUGCCAGAUUUGAAGAUGGCUAUGGUCUGCUUUGUUAUUUCUUUCCAUAUUUUCAAUCUAACGUAAGAUUCGAUCGUGGCCCACCUGCAACCAGUUGCCCAAAUCUUUUUCCACUAAAAGGAGCAAUGUUUCAGAAUACUUGCACAAAUCGAGGAAUUAAUUAUGGACCAAAUAUCAGUAAAAUACUUUUAUUGAUGGGUAUUUUAGAAAUUUUGAAGCAUACUUACGGGUACAGGAUGUUCCGGCUCCGCGUGCAAGGGGGUUCGAUCUUCUGGCAAAAGUGGAAUUGGUAA